GCGGCCGCCACGCCGCCGGCCGGCAGCUGACAGUGCGGACUUGGCGGCGAAGCGGGCGGACGUGUUGUCGCGAGCCCGGGAAAUAGCGUUCCACUCGUGUCUCGUCUCGUACUCGCGGCCGCGACUACUGCGACUGCGAUGGGGGUCUGGAGAGGCGAACGGGCCACCAUGUCGUCCCGCGUGCUCGGCAUCGACUUCGGCACGACCAACACCGUGGUGGCCGUGGUGAUGGAGGACGGCGGCGUCGAGGUGCUCGCCAACGACAUCGGGAACCGGACGACACCCAGCGUGGUGCACAUCGACCCGACCGACCCGUCGAAGCACCAGGUCGGGGAGGCGGCGCUGAGGCUCGGGGUCGGCGAACCGCUGAACACCAUCCGCAAUGUAAAGCGGAUCCUGGGCUACCCCCCGGAGGCAGCGCGUUGUAUCACUGCACUCGGCCCCGUGAAGGUCAUCACCUCAGAACACGGGGAAGCCGUGUCACUUAAACUGAGUGGUGAUACCAAGACCACUCCAGAGGAAGUUGUGGCAAUGAUCCUCCUGGAGUUGAAGAAAGCAGCGGAGCAUCAGCUGCAGGAGACAGUGUCCAAGGCGGUGAUCGCCGUGCCCAGCUACUUCACCGCGGCCCAGCGCCAAGCCGUCAGGGAUGCGGCUGCCCUGGUUGACCUGGAGGUGGUGGAGAUCGUGAACGAGACGACGGCCGCCGCCCUGGCGUACGCCUACGACAAGGAGUUCUCCAAGACGGCCAUGAUCGUGGACGUGGGCGGCGGCGGCUGCUGCAUCUCGGUGGUGCGGGUGGAGAACAACGACGUGUCCGUCCUGGCCUGCUCGACGCGGCAGCCGGGCGGGGAGAACUUUGACGCCAGGAUGGUGGACUAUUUAAAAAAGGUUGUUGCAGAACAGCACAAGAAGGAAGUGGCAGAUACGCGCUCUGAGGAGAUCCUUCGUUCUCUGUGGGUAGGGGCCAAGGUGAAACUGUCCCGUUUGCCCCAGACUAAUAUUCAGACAUAUUUGCCCGAGAUUGAAACUGAGUUCCGCAAGCUGUUGACUCAAACUGAGUUCAAUUCUGAAUGCUCAGACUUGUUUCAACAUAUAACUACAGCUAUAAAUGGAACUCUUAAAAAGGCACAGGUGGAAGCCAAUAAGCUGGAUGAUGUGAUUUUGGUUGGUGGGUCAACUCGAAUUGUGAAGCUGCGUGAACUCAUCAUAGGGGCUGUAGGCGGAGGGGUCAAGUUGCACAAGGCAGUGAAUCCUGACGAGGUUGUAGCUCUGGGAGCAGCUUUACUUGGUGGUAAAUGUGUGCAAAUAAAGAGGGAAGUGCUUGGACUUCACACUUAUAUGACAAUUUUGGACUCAGACAAACAAGAAACAAAUGAGCAUUGGGCUCAUAGUACCGCUCUCCCUGUCUCCUUUGCAUUUAAAUCACUUUCCAUGACCAACUCCAAAGACCUAGAGAUGAAACAAGGCCAUGAGACUAAGACUCUUAUGACUGUAUGCCGAUUACCAAUUCCUCAGAAAGCUGAAAGUAUCACAAUAAACACUCAAGGUACUUUCAGUUUUCGUGAUGCUGGGAAAAACAAAUUAUGCAGUUCCUAUCUAAGAGGUUGCCUCCCUGAAGUAACUCUUGAAUCUUUGAAAGUGAAGAUGCAAUCUCAAGUGAAAAGUUCUUUGGUGGAGGCAGGCAGAGUGGAGGCCAAAAAUGCUUUGGAAGAUGUCUUGCGCCAGGGAAAGUCGUGGGAGACUUCGGAGGAUGAGCCAUUCCCAGAAAAGUAUAGUGCAUAUCGUGAGAUGUGCAUAGAAAAGUUGGUCUGGCUGGACAAUCAUGCUGAUUUUGAAAGAGAAGAAUUUGAUAAAAUCCGUGUGGAAUUAGAGGAAGUCAUUUUGUCUUUGCAGGAGGAAAGUAAGAAAGAGAGGCAUAGGGUGCAAGAGAUAGAAGCAUUAACAGAGCUUCUUAAUAAAGCUAUAAACAUUGAGGUGGUAAAUGAUGAAUUUGAGGAAAGGGCAACAGGCCUCAGGAAGUCUUGUCAAGAAGAGAAAGAAUGGCUCUCAGAGAAUUGUCAUUUCAGUUCAGAGGAGUACACUACACGAAAAGAUAAAGUUAAUCAAGCAAUCACCGCACUGAAUGAGGAUCGUCAAAAGGCAGCAAUUCAGAAGCUAAGGAAUCAAUUGAGAGAGCACCUACAGCAGAGAUUAAGAGGCAUGAUUAAAUUUGCAACCGAAAAGAAAAAAAUAAAGGAUCCUUUAGACUAUCAGUGGGGAACAAAAUUGGAAACAAUCUGUAGGAGGACAACUAUGUGGCUGAAGGAUCACUCUGAAGCCUCUGAGGACGAGCUGAAUCAUCGUACUACUCAACUUGAACGAGAUAAUAAUAUUCUUGAUGGAGAAAUCCAGCAGCUUAAACAGAAAAGAGACUGUGAAAGGAAAGCUGCCUACAAAAAUGCUGAACAAACAGUAUUGCAAGGGGUGUACUUAAAGGUUGCUGAGUUUGAAGCCGUAUCAAGUGAUGCUUUAAAGUUUGUUGAGAUGUGUAAAGACUAUUUGGAACGGCUCAAGAAAAAUCCCCACAUGAACGCUUCAGAUUGUGCUAAAUUAUCCAGUGAAGUUGAAAAGGAGUUUUUGAACCUGAGAAGCUUGUGUAUGGCAGAGAAUAAUCGCCGCCAGAGUAGGAAAAGUCUACAGUCUACUUUGGAAACUACCCUAAAGGAUGGAGAGCCGCUGCGCACCUUCGCCCAAGGCUUCCUGACAUGGCUGGAGCAGAACCCGACGGCUGCCAAGGAGCAGCUGGAGGAAGUCAUGGCCUCUGUGCGGGACGCGCGCGGGAGCCUUCAGGAAGCCGACAAGCUUGCCGAGGCCGCAGUGACGCAGAGGGAACGGGCUACGCAGACCAUGGAGCGCCAGUGGCAAAAGCUGGGGCUGCAGCCGAGUGCGGUCCCCGCCGCCCCCGCCCCC